UCAGAACUCAUUCUUGGCUGAAAUGGGCGACUAAAGAGUGCGCCUAAAUUCGUGCUCGGAAUACAAAACUUUGCUCUUUCUUAUCCUACGCGGAUGAGGAGGAAAAUUUUAUUCUUGUGUUCUAAGUGAUAUCUUCUUUUUUUUUUGGCUUUGGUUAUUCCGUAUUUUUCUCGCCAAGGUGUGUGCCAGGCGAAAGGAUAUUAAACGAAGUAGUCUACUUUUUUCCGUGUUUACAAGGAUAAAAAAAUAUAUAUAUAUAAACAAUUUCAGUGUCUGACAUUGAAGGUUCAAUGUUUUCUCGUUGGAAGUCUGGUGCCAGUGACUCACCAGAAACAGCACCGACCAUGAGCUCGCCGAAAUCAAAUCAUCCGCCAAACCCAAUCGCCAUGAGAACCAAAUCUCUCAGAGAAAGAUUCGGCUCUAAACGAAGCUAUUCUGAGAACUUCAAAGAUCCGCCUGUGACGGCCAACACGUCGCCAAGCAAGGACAAAUGUCGUAGUGUUAGACCAUCAUUACCAGCCAUUGGUGUCACGCCUAUACCCACCGACGUCAAGCCAUACGACCCGCAAACCGAUCCACAGAAGAUUUACAAUCCAUACUCGCAACCGCAAAAUCUCCAACACCAAAGAAGACAAGCUAAUGUCCUUGUUCCCAAUAUCCCUUCUUCAAAUGUUCCUGCUUCAAAUGUCACUGUUUCAAAUGUCCCUGUUCCUAAUGUCCCAAGUGUCUUGAGUGAAUUUUACAAUCCAUUUGCUGUUCUUCCAGAAGAGACCUACUGCAGCGCCUUGGAUGUCAAUAGUCAGGAAGGUGAUCCGAGGUUUCCAUGGCAAAGAGAUGCUGCUGUUCAGUGUGAUUUGUCACCCACUGCUGAAGGUUAUAGGUUUACAAGACGAGAUAGUUUUUUCAUGCUGGCAAAAAAUGCUGAACAGAAAGAAAAGCAAAGUUCGACGACCACACCUCCAUCUGUGCAAUUUCCAACCCUUUCAUCAUUAACGACACCCUCCCUACCUCAAACUACCUAUCGAGAGGAGCAGUCAAGUUCGUAUCUAUCAGAAAAAUUUAAAGAAGGUUAUUGGCAUAAUCUAUCCAUUUGCACAGAGGAAGAUGAAACUCCCAUCGCGACAGAAUAUCCCGAACCUUUCAGAGAGAAGAAGAAAAAGAAGACAUCCAUGCUUCAAAGAGCACUCUCUGAAAGGACCCGGACCAGAAGGCUUAAUUAUCAAAUGACCAGCGACGAAGGCAGGCCGAAAAUAUCAUCACCCCAAAGAUACCAACACUUGUCGCCCUUCCCAGAGCAGAAACCAGGCAGUUCAGAAGACAGAAAUAUUUCGAACAAUCCAGUAGAUGCUUCUUCCAUACCCACAUUGAGCUUGAAUAGUGCCCCUUCUUCCAGAACAGAUACUCCUCCAAGUGAUGCAUCCCCUCAAACACCCCCUCCAGCAUCUUCUUCUCCCUCACGCCAAAAUAGUAACCGCCGAAAACGAAACUUUGUCCGGAAGAAUACACAAUCAGCACCGGAUUCAUUUGACAAUGAUGAUGACAACUCUACUGUGCCAUCAAACGCCAAAAGCCAGCCAAUAGUAAUGGUCGAAGAGGCACCACCGCCAAAAUCCAGAUCUGGCGGUGUUUCUAUCGGAUAUUUCAACUUUGAUAGCAUGCAGAGGCUACUGGAUCUUUCUAUCACGGCCUCAACAAAACCCGAGAAACCUAAUUUUUUGUUGACACCAGGAGGAUUAACAGUUGGGAAGGAUAAAAGUGGAGCUUAUAUGACUUUACCAUCUCCCAAUGUGCACACAGCAGAUGAACAAGAGGGUGGACCAGUAAAUGUUUUUAAGAAAUUAUCAUCGCAAGAAGAUGAAGAAAGUGAAUUGGAAGAGACUGCUCAUGCUCCACCGGCAUCUGUUCUACAUCGUCGAAGGGCUCUUGUUCCACCAAAGAUGAUAACAGAUGAUUACGAGAGUGCAACCGAUGAAGGUGAUGUACAUUCUCCAACCGAAACUUCCCCCACCUCUGUUGAUGAUCCAUCGAAGAAAAAUCGUCGUAAUUCAAUUGUAGUCAUUCCACCAAUGCAAAUUUGUCCGGGUGAUCUUUUAGUGUACAGCAAGGUUCUCAGUCAAAGGAAUACAUUAUUAGAUUACGAUGGAUCAACGCAAAACUUAUCGAUGUCUGAAGAUUCAUCAAGAAAAGGCAAAAAUACAUGGUCCCUGCUUCGCCUGUUUGAUCGAUCCGGUCGAAGCAAAUCUGAAUCUCUAUGCGGACUAGAAGAAGUUCUUAGUAAUUUGCAGCCUUCUGAAUUUAUUGAUGAGCAUCUAGCUAAAUACAAAGGAAUCCAAUGGACGGAAUUCGUUACAAUGUGGGAAAGUCGUUCUCCUAAGGAUUCCAGAGGUCUUUUCCGAAAAAAUUCCAAACGUCACUCGAACAACUCCUCUGGAUCUUCCACCCUUACAAGAACAUUUUCACGCAUUUUAGGCCCUACAGAUGGAGAAAAAGAUUCUACGAAAGAAAAUUCAGUACCUAGCAUAGUAAAAGUUCAAGAAAAUGGACAAGUUACGGGAGAACCACCGCCAUCUCCGAUACACAACAACUACGACGGAUCUGCGGAGAUAGCCAAAGACAAAAAUGACAAUUCCUUCUCAACAUUAAACGAAAUAGAGAAUCAAAUCAACAAUCUGGACACUUUAACCCGUUCAAGGAAUGAAUUAAAAAGAAGAGAAGCACUCUGGGACUUAUUCCAAAGCGAAUGCAUGUUUCUGGAUGACCAUCUCAUGGUACUGAGGAAUGUGUUCAUGGAGCCUUUGAAGAAAAUACAGGUGGAAGGUUUUGCAAUGUUUGCUGAACCCGAAGUUCUUUUUGGAAAUUUAGAUGAGCUAUGUUUGGUCACUUAUGCAUUCUGCAAAGAGUUUUUGAGCUUAAUUCUACAGAAAAUGUCUGGUGAUGAAAUAGAUACCACUGAAGUCCUUGUUAAACUAUUCCAAAAGAGCUCCAAAGCUCAUGCGUUGACUCAAGCUUAUCAUCGUUACACAUUAAAUUAUAUAAAUGCCCUUAACUACUUAGAAACUUUGAGGAGGCAAGUUGAGUUUAAUGAAUUCGAGAAGUGGUGCUCCAGAGAUGUGAGGUGUAAAAAACUGCAGUUGACAGAUCUGCUGGUUUCACCAGUUCAGCAUGUAAUGCGUGUGCCAUUAAUUUUAAAAGAAAUUGAGAUGCGCACUGAAAACCGAGAUGAAAAAAGGCAAAUACUUAAUAUUAUUGAGGCUGAAGAAAAUUCUCUCAGGGAAUUGGAUGACAAGAUGAAAUGGUUGAAGAAUUUUGAACGACUUCUUGAAAUCCAGAGAAGUAUAGUUUGGCCUUCUGUCAAUGAGUUAGAUCCUAAAGCUUUUAUUCCUGAUUUUCUCAAAACACCUUUAGCCAAACAGCCUUGUGAAAGACUCAUAGUUAGCCCAAGGCGACAAAUUGUUCUUGAAGGAGCUCUUCAACUGUUAGAUAGUGGUAAACCUUCUGAAGCAUUUGUCUUACUUUUUGAUGACAUGUUGCUAAUAACUAGAAGGAAAAAAGGACUUCAUAAAAAGAAAUCAUCUAUUACUGAAAACUGGGCAUCAACAUGCAGUAAUAAAUCACCUUCUGUGCAUGAACCUGGCUGUAAAUACAUUGUAUAUAAGCAACCGCUAUCAUUAGAUCGAUUUUUCAUACAUGAUGUGAAUGCACAAGAUGGAACAGCUAACAGUUUAAAAAAUGCUUUUGUUCUGGUAUGUUUGAAUAGAUUUCAACAGAUAGUCACAGUUCAUACAUUCCAAGCACCAAAUGAAACGACGAAGGCUUUGUGGUUGUCAAAAUUACGCGAUACAAUGGACCGAUGGAAGCGAACUUUGCAAAAUACAGUAUUCCGAAAUCAAAGAGCUACUUCAAAUACUUCAUCUAGUACAGUACAGGCACAAGACAGUGUUACAACUGUAAAAUAGCAACGACUGGUUGAUGGUAGGCACCUGACCUAUCUUGCAUUCUCUAAAAGUUAAAAUUACUUUUAACUAUGAUAACUAUUUUCAACUAAGCUGUACACUGUGCUGUUGCCAUAAGUGCCAAAGAUCUUUCUACAAUGCUAUUUUUGUAAAGAUCAUGACAAUUCGCAUUUUGAGCAUGAGCAUGUACACGCAUCUAGUCAGAGUUUAGGUAUUUUACUGUGAUUAUCAACAAUGUUGGAGAGCUUUAUGAUAGACAUAUGAAAUGUUUAGUGCAAUUUGAAUUAAUAUCUGAGUAAAUGCAGGGUGAUCAAAAAGUCU